AUGAAGCUCGUCCGCUUUUUGAUGAAAUGCGCCAAUGAGACGGUGACCCUUGAGCUGAAGAAUGGCACAAUUCUUCAUGGCACCAUCACCUCCGUCUCCCCGCAGAUGAAUACCGCCCUCCGCACCGUCAAGAUGACCCCCAAAGGCCGAGACCCAAUCUCUCUCGACACCAUCAACAUCCGUGGCUCCACCAUUCGCUACUACAUUCUUCCCGAUAGCUUGCCGCUGGAUACCCUGCUUGUGGAUGAUGCCCCGAAGCCCAAGAACAAGGCACGCAAGGAGGCAGACCGUGGUCGCGGCCGCGGGGGACCUCGAGGUGGCCGAGGCCGGGGUCGUGGCCGUGGGCGGGGACGAGGAUUUUAA